UUCCACUCCUGCCCUCUCACACAAAUACAUACUCAUUCUCUCUCUGUGGUAUUAUUCAGAGUCAGCCACUGUCGAGCUGUGAUUUGUUGUUUGUCCAGCCAGCUACAUGGGGCAGUAGUAGCACUCAGUGACUGAUCUCCUCUCCAUGGCCUGUCAUCCCUCCGUCUCUGGCUCCUACACUGUGGUUAUCAUCCCGCUCAAGACCAGCCUCUACAGCCUGGACGCACUUCGCUUCUACCUAUGGAUUAAGCGCUUGAAGGAUCUAGAGAAGGAGAAGGAUGCUCUAUGGUCUGGGCUGGAGAUCCUGGAGAGGGCUCGCCUCUGGUACCUCCAGCGACUGAAGGACAACAGAGUCCGGCAGGACAACAUAGAGACCAAAAGUGGGUUUGGCUCCUUCCACGAAGGUGCAGCUGAGGCCCGGUCCUGCCUCCUCAGGUCUCGCAUCCAACGGGUAAAUGGUACUCUGGGUUCUGUGAUGAGUGAGCCCAAUGUCAUGAGCAACAGCAACCCCUCUCUGCCUGAAGCAGUGGCAGACAGUGACCUCCGGUGGCACCACUCAGUACUGACUCAGGAGGUGAGCAACAAAAAUCGUCAGAUCUCCAUGUUAAAGUUGGAAAAAGACGCUCUCCUUGAAGAGCUGGAUGAACUGCAAGUCUACUGACUGCACAUAAAUACACAAGUGCUGCACCUCAUACUCACAUUUUGCUGAACAGCUGAUCACUUUCUAACUGCUUGUAAAUAUGUAUUUAAAUUAAAUGACAGUUAAUGAUGCAUUACUUGCUCCUGUGUUUUUCCUGCACUGUGCUUACAAUUUUUGAGUUAUUUGUACUUGAGAAUUUCCCUUUUAAUGCUACUUUAUACUUCUACUCUACAAUGUUUCAUGGGGAAAUAUUUUACUUUUUACUUUUUUCACAGCUAAAGUUACUACUCACAUUUCAAAUUAAAAGUUUACGUGCAAAAAUAUGAUUGGUUUGUUAAAUAUGAUGUAUUUUCUAGACUAAACAACCAAAGCAGUUAGAAUUAGCUCCAACUUUACCAGCUACAAAAUUAAUGUAGUUGUUAAUGUUAAUGCAUCAACAAUCUUGAUCCAGUAAUACACUACAUAACACUAAUGGGGACCUUUCAGUGUGUCAUACAUUUCCUUAAGCAAAAAUUUUAAUACAGGACUUUUACUUGGAGCAUUUUUAUUGUGUGAAAUUGCUUCUGUAUAUCACACUGAACAAAACAGCAGGUCCCUUAUCUGGUGUAGUUAAUAAUGUAACACUUUCAUCAACACUAUUGUAUGUUGUCUACUGGCAAUGAUGAUUUGAAAGAUUGGCAUUAUUUAUUGUAAAAAAAAAAAUGUUUGAAUUGUAAAUGGUGUGUAUGGUGAUAAACAUUUUAGCACUGAAGCAGUAAAUCUGACAUGUGCUUGUAGGAAAAUUAAAUAUCCAAAGCAGCA